UUAAGUCCAGGAAAUGAGAUAGAUGGUAGUAGCCUGGCCCACUAUUUUUGGUUACAAUGGACCACACUGAUGGGUUCUUGCCUUGCCUUUCAUGCCAACAUUCUGUACUUCUGAGACGUCGUUGUCUGGUGAACUGGAUAAAUAGCAACAAGGAAGAGCUCCCACAGCAGGACGUAAAAGGAGAUCUGGGCAAGGAGAUUUCCAGAUUCAAGAAAUACACUCAUUUGGAAACCCACCCAGCACCUCCAACCUCCGACACCAUGGUCAGUUCCUUCUGUGGCUCCGUCUGCUCCAAGCAGGGCUGUGGCCAGGAGAGCUGCUGCCAGCCCAGCUGCUGCCAGACCACCUGCUGCAGGACCACCUGCUGCCGCCCCAGCUGCUGUGUGUCCAGCUGUUGUGGCUCCGUCUGCUACAAGCAGGGCUGUGGCCAGGAGAGCUGCUGCCAGACCACCUGCUGCUGCCCCAGCUGCUGUAGGCCCCAGUGCUGCCAGCCCAGCUGCUGCAGGCCCCAGUGCUGCAUCUCCAGCUGCUGCCAACCCACCUGCUGCAGGCCCCAGUGCUGCAUCUCCAGCUGCUGCCACCCUAGCUGCUGUACUUCCAGCUGCUGCAGGCCCCAGUGCUGCCAGCCCAGCUGCUGUAUUUCUAGCUGCUGCCGCCCCAGCUGCUGUGUGUCCAGCUGCUGCAGGCCCACCUGCUGCCAAACCACCUGCUGUGAGACCACCUGCUGCCACCCCAGCUGUUGUGUGUCCAGCUGCUGCCGCCCCAGCUGCUCAAGCUCUUCUUGCUGCUGA